AUGCACUAUAACCUGGAACCUACCCUCUCGUCUCGUGAUCGGAACAAGCCGAGCUCAGACCUCCCACCCACACCACCGACUUCCGCCAUCUCCGCUGUCCUCCCUCCCCAACCAGACUUCUUGAGAUCUCGAGAGAUGCCGCCGAGAUGUGUGACUCGGGCAUGUAUAAACUGCCAGAGACGAAAGAGUCGCUGCGUGCGUAGUGUCGGCCGUGGGAGAACGGGCGACGGAGCUCCGUGCUCCUAUUGCGCGCAGACAGGCAAAUCCUGCAGCUUCGAGAACCCGCCAGACCGGACGCCCCUGACCAGGAACAAUCUAGAUGCCGCUGAGCUUCGGUGCGCGCAGCUCCGGUCGCUCAUCAAAUCGCUCAACCCAGAUCUAGACAUUGACUCCGCCAUUGGUCAGCAAGCCCAUACUCCCAGCUCCAGCCAAGCGAUCGAAGCCGCCUGGGACGCGUCGACUCUGCAUGAGUAUGAGUGGCACGAAGACUCGCUAUCCCCCGAGGCGGAGCACCAUAGGCUAGCCGGCUCCGACGGCAUGGCUACCAUUUCCAAUAAUGACUCAGGAUAUCUUGGACCCCUCUACCUCGAUACGGCAGUCAUUGAUAAUCACCCUCUAGGGAGCAGCUCGGGUUCAUAUCUCCUGGGCGAAAUCGAUCCUGAUAUAACUCUCAGGCCCCAGGCAGGCCGCCGGAGAGCUCAACGGAUGACAGACCCGUCCCAACGCGCUCCUUGGCUUGAUGGACCCGAACCACUGGAUCUUCCCUUGUCCUACGCUGCCAGUCAACUGAUUGAUGCAUUCUUCAUUCGUUACAAUACAUCUUAUCCCAUCCUGCAUGAAAAGGCUUUCCGGGACCGCGUUGUAGCCAGACCCGUGAGACUUCUGCCUCAUUCACCAUGGCGGGUCAUUUACUACAUGGUCCUAGCUAUCGGGCAUUGGGCCACCAGUGAUGAGACGGAGCACUUGCGGGCGAGGUAUUACACCGCCGCAAGGGCCAGUUUCUCGUUCCAAAUGCUCGAAUCCGGCACGACGGAGACAGUGCAGGCCUUCUUGUUGGUAGGCAACUAUCUCCAGAAGCGGGAUCGGGCAAAUACAGGCUACAACUUUAUUGGGCUUGCGUAUAGAAUGGCGGUGGGACUUGGGAUGCACCACGACCCGCCGACUUCAGAUUCAAACACGGUUGGUCACGAGAGGCGGAGGCAGAUCUUCUGGACGGCGUAUUGUUUUGAAAGCGGGUUCAACAUCACCACGGGUCGACCUCCGGCCAUAUCGGAGACAUUCUUCGAUACGAAGCUCCCGUUGAACAUUGACGAUCAUGAUUUAUCAUUACAAUCCCCCGUCCCUCAGGAGCUCAAUUACCCAACGACUUGCUCGGCGAUCAUUGCUCAGGCUCGUCUGGCUAAGAUUGGAGACGCCAUCUACCGCGAGUUCCUCUUGGCAAGGACAAAUGGUUCGAAGAUCGAGUACCGCCUCGCCGAGUCUCUCAAUAGAGAGUUGACAGGUUGGAAGCAAAGCUUGCCACCAUUCUUCGAAGAUCCUCCAUCCUCGACACCCUGGUUCCAAGGUCCACGAGCAGUCGUCCUCUGGAAGGAACAGAAUCUGCGUAUCCUUCUCUGGCGCGGCAGCCAGGAUCCUCCUGCAUUCCUAACCACCAGAGUGACCGCAAAUGAAAGGUGUAUGGAUGCAACACUGGAGACCAUUCAUGAUAUUGCAGGAUUCUGUAUGCUCGGCGAUAUCACCAUGUACCAGAGCCUUGCUUGGUACGCGACUUACUUCAUCUUCCAGGCUGCACUGGUGCUUGAAGCUUGUCCUCUCCAAAACAGUGCUCACGAUCCAGGGCAGAUGAUGGUACAAACCCAACUCUGGCAACACUCCACUAUGGAGGUCCGUAGCUGUCUACGCAAAUUGUCUGAGACGAGCAAAUCGGCAGAGCGGUGCCUAGAGCUUCUAGAUCAAGUGCAGACUAGGUUCAGGCCGGUUAUAAGAAAUGGAUUCGAGGCCGGUGAAAGUAGGGAGGGCGUUUCCAACCAUCAACUAGAGCUUGUGCCGGAGAUCCCGGUUGACGUGCAAGUCGCAAACGAUCCGGCAACUUAUAACCCGGAUCAGCAGCAAGAACUUGGCAACGAGCUCACAGAUCCAAGUCUACGAGGUUUUCUUGAUGAAAUGUCGUUGGAUUACAUGGAUAACUUGCCUCUAGACUUUCUCUUUGGAGAAUGGCCAGCGUAA